UUGUCUUCUUAUAACUUCUUAUUUCAUUUUAGUAAGCAAAACCCAACCCAAACUCCUUCUUCUUCUUCUUCUUCUUCUUCUUCAACCAAUUAUCUACUAUUUCCUUGCUUCUCCCUUUCCCCAUUUUCCUUGGAAAUUUCUUUUCCCUUUCUCUUCAUUAUCCUUCCACCCCACUUUUUCCCGUGACUUUCAUUUCUCUCACUCUCUCUCUCUAUAUAAACGGCUAUUCAUCUUUUGGUCAACACAAGUCUUUCUUUCUGAGUCUUCUCACAUGGCUUCUAUUUCCCAUGGUCUUGUUCUCACCACCGCCAUGCUCGUCUCCAGCACCGUUCUCUAUCUUGGUUUCCUCAGGCAGAAGACUUUCCCUCUUCCCAACCUUCACGGUAUUUCCAAUUCUGAUUCCCAUCACCCAAAGAACAAAGCUCUCCGCUCUUGCUUAUGCUCAGAGGAAAGGAAGAGGGAAAUCAAGAAGAAGCAAAAGAGGGUGAAAUUCGCGGAUAAUGUGAAGGAAGACGCCGGAACCGAGACGGAGAAGAAGGAUCUCCGGGGAAAACAGAGGAAGAAAAACAGAGCAUCAAGUAGCUGCAGAUAUGAAAUCCCAGAAAUCCGAGAAAUGCCAGAGAACCGAAUCGCUCUGUACAACGGGAUUCUGAGAGAUCGAGUGCACAGGCUGGAGCACUCUUGCUGAUGGAGUCGUCAUAGCCGUUACUGACUUCAUCGGCGAAGAUCGAGGAGAGAGAAAAAGAACAGGAAACCGGUAGAGACGAAGACGACGACUUGACGUGUCCGUGUGUGAAGCGUUUUCUGCAGUUGGGUUUAAUUUAAGAAUUAAUUAAUUACUUUGUGUGUUUGUGGAGAGGGAGGAAUGAAAAAUCUGAAAGAGAAUCGUGUGGCUGUAAACAAAUAAGAGAGAAGAAGCUUUUUCCAAGUCGAGGAUUUUCUUGGAGUUGUCGAGCACAGUUUUGUAUAUCUUUCAAUUUGUUUGUGUUUGUAAUUACUGUUCCUCCACGACGUGACACCAGUUUUAUUCUCA